CUUGGUAUAGAAGAUAGAACAAAGAACAACCCCCAGCCAAGCGCACAAGGCAGCCCACGCUAAUAAAGGAGUAUUUACAUUGAUUUAGUCUCCAGUAUUUUUAGCUAUAAUAUCGUUAAAAUCAUGGAAUGUAUUGUGGAUCCUGAGCCAUCAAAGGUCUCUGAUGAAGGGCCAGUAGAGGUAUCAGACAUCAAAAACAUGAUUGAUACAGAAGACAGGCUUGGUAAGCUGGAACUUCUCGAAGAAGAAGAGGUGGAACCUGAGCCAUCAAGGGUCUCUGAUGAAGGGCCAGCAGAGAUAUCAGACAUCAAAGACAUGACGUAUACAUUCGACAGCAUAUCCAGACUUAGCGAGCUGAAACUUCUCGAAGAAGAACAGGUAUCAUCCACCCCUGUACAAGUGGAGCAAUCAAUCUCAAACGAAGGAGUCAACUUGAUGGAAAAUGAAUGCAAAGACAAGGAACGACCAUCUAACAAAGAGAUAACUCUACCCACUGCCUAUGUCAAACUGUAUCGCAUUGGAUUGCUGGAUAGAAUUGCUAGAACCCUUCACCAAACGCAGCGCUCUGAUGACGAUUAUGAUGAUGUUGAUAAUGAUUAUGAACCAUCAUCAGCUGAUAGUGGGAGUGAUUCGUCUGCAGAAGAGGAGGGAGAAGGCAACAAUGAAGAAAUGGAACCAUCAUCAGCUAAUAGUGGGAGUGAUUCGUCUGCAGAAGAGGAGGGAGAAGGCAUCAAUGAAGAAAUGGUACAAGAAGAGAGGGUUUCAUACAAAACUUCUUCUAAAAAGCAUCAUCAAUGUAUAUUCUGUGCAAAAAACUUCUCUCGGUCUAGUGAUUUAACUUCUCAUUUGCGUAUUCACACCAAUGAGAAGCCUUUCCCAUGUACAAUCUGUACAAAAAGAUUUCCUCAUUCAAGUUAUUUGACAUCUCAUUAUCGUAUUCACACCAAAGAGAAGCCUUAUCAGUGUACAGUCUGUACAAAAACGUUCUCUCAUUCUGGUCAUCUAAACAUUCACAUACGAACUCACACCAAAGAGAAGCCUUUUCCAUGUACAGUCUGCACCAAAAGGUUCUCUGUGUCUAGUGCUUUGACUGUUCAUAUGCGCACUCACACUAAAGAGAAGCCAUUCCAGUGUACAAUCUGUACAAAAAGGUUCUCCCGGUCUAGUAAUUUAACUUCUCAUUUGCAUAUUCACACCAAUGAGAAGCCUUUCCCAUGUACAAUCUGUACAAAAAGAUUUUCUCGUUCAAGUUAUUUGUCAUCUCAUUAUCGUAUUCACACCAAAGAGAAGCCUUAUCACUGUACAGUGUGUACAAAAACGUUCUCUCAUUCUGGUCAUCUAACCAUUCACAUACGAACUCACACCAAAGAGAAGCCUUUUCCAUGUACAGUCUGCACCAAGAGGUUCUCUCAAACUGGUAAUUUAACUUCUCAUAUGCGGACUCAUACCAAAGAGAAGCCAUUCCAGUGUACAGUCUGUACUAAAAGGUUCUCUUGGUCUAACAGUUUGACACAUCAUAUGUGUAUUCACACCAAAGAGAAGCCAUUCCAGUGUACAGUCUGUACAAAAAGGUUUUAUGAUUAUAGCCAUUUGACUAUUCAUAUGCGUACCCAUACCAAAGAGAAGCCAUAUCAGUGUACAGUCUGCACCAAAAGGUUCUCUGUGUCUAGUUCUUUGACUCGUCAUAUGCGUACACACACCAAAGAGAAGCCUUUUCAUUGUACAGUCUGUUCCAAACGAUUUUCUGAGUCCAGUAGUUUGACUUCUCAUUCCCGUAUUCAUUCCAAAGAGAAACCUCAUCAGUGUACAUUCUGUACAAAAAGGUUUUCUCAGUCUAGCAAUUUGACCAUUCAUUUGCGCACUCACACCAAAGAGAAGCCAUUCCAGUGUACAGUCUGUACAAAAAGGUUUUCUCAGUCUAGCACUUUGACCACUCAUUCGCGCACUCACACCAAAGAGAAGCCGUAUCAGUGUAUAUUCUGCACCAAAAGGUUCUCUGAGUCUCGUAGCUUGACCUGUCAUAUGCGUACUCACACGGAAGAGAAGCCAUUCCAGUGUACAAUCUGUACAAAAAGUUUCUCUUUGUCUUGUAAUUUAACUACUCAUAUGCGCACUCACAACAAAGAGAAGCCUUAUCAGUGUACAGUCUGCACCAAGAGGUUCUCUCAAACUGGUAAUUUAACUUCUCAUAUGCGGACUCAUACCAAAGAGAAGCCAUACCUGUGUACAGUCUGCACCAAAAGGUUCUCUGAGUCUGGUGCCUUGACUGUUCAUAUGCGUACACACACCAAAGAGAAGCCAUAUCAGUGUACAGUCUGUACAAAAAGAUUUUCUCAGUCCUAUAAUUUGACUUCUCAUUUCCGUAUUCACACCAAAGAGAAACCUCAUCAGUGUACAGUCUGCACCAAGAGGUUCUCUCAAACUGGUAAUUUAACCAUUCAUUUGCGCACUCACACCAAAGAGAAGCCAUUCCAGUGUACAGUCUGUACAAAAAGGUUUUCUCAGUCUAGCAAUUUGACCACUCAUUCGCGCACUCACACCAAAGAGAAGCCGUAUCAGUGUACAUUCUGCACCAAAAGGUUCUCUGAGUCUCGUAGCUUGACCUUUCAUAUGCGUACUCACACGGAAGAGAAGCCAUUCCAGUGUACAAUCUGUACAAAAAGUUUCUCUUUGUCUUGUAAUUUAACUACUCAUAUGCGCACUCACAACAAAGAGAAGCCUUAUCAGUGUACAGUCUGCACCAAGAGGUUCUCUCAAACUGGUAAUUUAACUUCUCAUAUGCGGACUCAUACCAAAGAGAAGCCAUACCUGUGUACAGUCUGCACCAAAAGGUUCUCUGAGUCUGGUGCCUUGACUGUUCAUAUGCGUACACACACCAAAGAGAAGCCAUAUCAGUGUACAGUCUGUUCCAAACGAUUUUCUCAGUCCUAUAAUUUGACUUCUCAUUUCCGUAUUCACACCAAAGAGAAACCUCAUCAGUGUACAGUCUGCACCAAGAGGUUCUCUCAAACUGGUAAUUUAACUUCUCAUAUGCGGACUCAUACCAAAGAGAAGCCAUACCUGUGUACAGUCUGCACCAAAAGGUUCUCUGAGUCUGGUGCCUUGACUGUUCAUAUGCGUACACACACCAAAGAGAAGCCAUAUCAGUGUACAGUCUGCACCAAAAGGUUCUCUUAUUCUCAAAGUUUGACAUAUCACAUGCGUACUCACACCACAGAGAAGCCAUAUUCCAGUAUACAGUCCGCACCAGAAGGUUCUCUGAGUCUGGUGUCUUGACUGGUCAUAUGUACUUACUCCAAAGAGAAGCCUUUUCAAUGAACAUUUUGUAAAAAAAUAUUCUACAUGCUUAAUCCAUUAUCAAGUUAUUUUUUAACAAUUCAAUAUUCCAAAACUUGUUGAUUUUUGUUGUAUUUUAUAUUUAAAAGUUUUUUAAAAAGUCUACUAUGGAAUUAUUUUUUAACUAACAAAUCAUUUAGCCCUGAUGAAGUAAUUUAUUAGAAAAUAUUCUAUUCUAUUUACUCAUAUCUUUGUGUGCUCAUCAUGAUAAAUAACUUGACACUUGUGUAUUAUGAAAUAUGUAUCAUAAGAAUGUUAUACUAUUUAUAUUAAAUAUUUUAUGU